CGUUGAGCGUGUAACGCGUUCAAACAGUACCCUACCAACUCUCAGUUUCGGUUCUCAGAUUGUCCUGAUCUUACGCUCGCGUCAUUGCUAAUUGUUGUCAACCGCUUUCAUUAAUAGAUAUAUCUUUGAACGUUCCCCCAGUACACAACGUACCACCACAUAUUAGCAUCUCAUUAAAGGAUUUACUCCUACGACAAUUCCAGCCGUUUAGUCGAGUUGCACAUUGCAAACCACAGGAUGGAAGAAACUGAACAUGUUGCCCGGCGGCUUGACCGCAUGCUAAAAAACAAAAAAAUAGAUGAUGAGUCUGCGCUGAAAUACCUUAGGAGAUUGCGAAGCAUCGAGAUGACUCUGGAAAUCUUAACGAAAACCGGUGUAGGUAUAAUUAUCAACAAGAUAAGAAAGGAGUCAGAAGAUCCGGAGGUUGCUACAUUGGGGAAAAACAUGAUAAAGCAGUGGAAAAAGCUGGUCCCAGACAAAAGUGAAGCUCCUGCUUCUUGCACUAAUAGUGUUGGCAAUAACAAUAAUGACAAUGGCAACAAUAAUGACAACAAACAUUCACCUGAGUCAAAUAACUACAAUGUCUGUGACGAUGGAGGACCACAAGAAGCCAAACGGUCUCGGCCAAGUGAAAAUAAGGAAUCUACAGAACUGUCGGGAAAUGCAAGUCGUGGCUUUUUUCCUGUCCACACUUUGACUACAACAGAUCAAGUACGUUUAAAAGCCCGAGAGAUGCUUCAAUCAGCACUAGAAAGUGGCAGUAAGUGACAGUAGCAGACCUACACUGAUUUCAUUUCUUAGAUAUUCCUAGCGGUGCUUAUGAAAGUGAGUUCCUAGCAAUACGAAUAGAAAGCUCCAUAUAUGAUCUUUUCAACAAUACUGAUCCCAAGUACAAACAACGAGUACGUACUAGAGUUAUGAAUCUACGCGAUUCUAAUAAUCCCAAUUUGCGACUUAAUGUCCUAAUGGGACACGUGAGUCCGGACAAACUAGCAUCGAUGACAUCAGAAGUAAGUUUUCAUUAUUUUGUUGAAAAUCCAUGUAUAUUUUUUCUCAGUAAUCUACCAUUUUGAAACUACCUUUACAGAUCAGCUGAUAUCUUACCGAACUUGAUUCUGUCAUCGAUUAAUACUCCUAUUUUAAUAGUAGUGUGAAUUAAUCAGUUUAUAACGUCUGGCUUUGCUCACAUUAAGCGUGAGUUGUCCUAAACUCUUUCAUUUGUAUAGUUUCCUCAAUCUAUUCACAGAGUGUUUGAACUUGAGUGACCCACCUAACUCAUUUAGCUGACCGAUCUUUUAUACAAAUAGUUCAGUGAUUAGUAAUUUGGAAGCAGUAGCAUCGUAGAGCUUGAUAUGUAUGUAGAUCAGUUCAAGUUACCAUACCUCAUUAGCACAGAGAUGACAUUGUCAGACCAAAUCCAAGAGUGUCAGAGGUAGUGACAGUACCAGUGGUAAUGGAAAGGAUUAAACAUCGAAGAUAAGAUUCAAGAAAAUAUAAGUUAGUGGAAUAAAAACAAAAUUAUAUGGAAUUCAAAGAUAAUCUUAGGUGCUAUUGGAGGUAUGAGGACGAUUGUUACUUCGCGGCUACCCACACCAUGUAACAAUGUUUUGCUGACUUACUAGCGAAUAACCACUUGGUCUCUGUCAAAAAGUUCAUCGAAAUGUCGGAAAACCAUCCGUUUUCUGUAUCAUUUAUUUAGUAACCUCAAUUUUUAUUAUCCUAAUUAUUUGAAUGCUUAUCAACCCACUUUGCAAGUUUGAAGCCUACUUUGCUUGAGUGUUGGUAAUUGUCUUCUAAUCAACAUGUACUUAGCUAGUUAGUUGCCUAUUUAAAGUUUGUUGGUUAGCGUUAUAUCAACGAUAUCUCACUCAAUAUCAAUCUAUUCAAUAUUCGUCAUAGAAGUACCAAUUUAAAAAGCAUUGUAUGAUUUUGGUCAAUUUUGGGAUUCUUCGGAUAGCUAUGGAAGCAAACUUGCUACAUUUUUGAUCUAUCUGUAUUCAGUUGUAAGACGUGGUUUCUCGUAUGUAAAUCAAACUUAAACCUUUUACAACCAUGCCAACACUACCACAGUAUUAGUGUUAUCUAAGACUACCACUGACCAUUAUGAGUUGCACUUUAAAGGGUUGAUCGGAUCAAUCAAAUAACCAUCUAGGUACACUUAAAAGUAGGUUAUUACGUACUGUCACUUCACUGGAGGCGUUUUUACAGUUUCCAACAUACGUAACAUACUCUUCCGGGGCAACAUCCAGCGGUUGUAAUGGAAGAGGUUGUACAAGUUUCUUGUGCACAUAUAUUUCUUGUUUUUCCAAAUAUGUAGCAAAUGCCUCGGCAACGCUAAGAAAACAGAAGCUCACUGUCCUUGACAGUUUUCUACUCACUUUAUAAAUGACUGGAUACUGAGUCCUCUUUGGUGAGACGACUUACUUCCACAUGGUGUUUGAUUAAAGAGCUUCCUAUUGAGUCAUUGUCGCCUCUUUUUAGCCAAGCUGGUUAAUGUUCUUGAAGUCUUUUGGAUGAAGUACACAUCGAACGACAUAUAUACCUGGCUCCACAGGAAUAUGUUAUUUGAUGAACUCACAUGGGAUUGGUCAAAUGAGUUAAUUCAUCUUUGAGGUUAUUACUAAACAUUGGCCGACUGGAGGACACUUAUUGCAAGGUUGCUGCGAAGAACAAUCUAUUGAAAGUCAGCAAUUAUGCUCUUCAGGAUAUCUUUAUUUAUUUUGCCUCACUAUUAUUGCCAUUGUUAUUAUUUUGAAAAAUAUGUAUAGAUUUGUGAUUAUACAGCUUUGAAAAUGAAUUCGCCGAAGAGACCUCUUCGCCAAACCAAUCUUCCUUAGUUAAUAUGACAAGCUAUUAGGUUAGACUAAAUGAAUACCUAUGAUUUCCAAAUACGUUAUGUAAUUCCUUUUCAAAAUAAUCCAGUAAUUCAUUAUCCGAAUAUUAUAGUGCACCCAGUUUAUCAUUCAUUCACAAGUAUUUGAGGUCAUAAAAAUAUUUGCAUGCAUAAAUCCUCUACAAAUUAUUAAAGUGGCACAAUUUUUCAAGUCCGUUUUUUAGAAGUAUUGCUCUUGUUAUCGAAUGGUUUAACGUUUUAGUGACAUAUAAGGUUGAUCGAUUGAAGUGAACUAAUACGUUGUGACCAAUUAAUUGACAACUAAUCACGAGAUACAACCUCCUGACUUGUUACAACAGCCUAAUUAUCCGUGCUAUCUCUACUGAGUCAGUUGGUGGUCAUCAGUAUUCAGUCUAUUCGGGUUUCUUUGUAAUGCUCAUUAUUGAUCAUACAACUAAUUAUUUUCAGGACCAUGUAUACACAAAAUCCACUUUAGUUUCCCGAAUCUAUUCAUUAAAAGCAUAUAAUGAUACCAUAUGUGAAAGUUAGAUCUGUGUUGUUUACGAAAGCUGCAUGCACCAAUUCAGAAUGAUUAAAGGAAUAGCAACAGAAGUACUAGUAUUAGUCACUUAAAUACAAUAGGACCUUGUGCUGUUUCCUAACGGGGCUUGCUUCAAUAAUGUUUUUGAUUGACUGUUACAGACCAUCUAUCGAUCAACAUGUUAUCCACUAUUCUUAACCGGAAUAUGACUAAAGCUAAUUCGAACCCCCCCCCCAUGUUACAAUUUAAUUUUAGUAGGAUACGUAACUAUUUUCUUAAGUUCCUUAUUUAUUGAUUUGAUUGUGUAGGAGAUGGCUAGUAAAGAAAUGAAAGAACUUCGUGAGAAAUAUACUAAAGAAACUAUAGAAGACCAUCAAAUGGCUGUAACUGGUGGAACGGAAACUGAUUUAUUACGAUGUGGAAAGUGUAAGCAGACCAAGUGUACAUAUAACCAGGUUAGUUGCCUUUAAUUAUCCUCAAAUAAAAUCUGGAAAUAAAAGUCAUCAUUGAUGACGGUAGGUGAUGAUCUUACUGUAUCACAAAUUAACUGAAAUUGUAAGUGCAAACCAUUAGGUCCAAAGUGAGUGACUUAUAAGUUGCAAACUUGCUGCGUGGCCCUAAAUUUCUGGACUCAAGCUCCUUCGGAGUUAUGAAUGUGCAUUGCUAAGAAAUUUCAGAACAGGUAGAUAGUGCCUUUUUCUUCUAUCGCUGAUGUCCUCCAGUAAUAAAGCUAUAUUCACGUUAAACUAAGUAACAUAUCUUACUCGACUGAAUACGAGAUUAUAUAAAAGUAUUUGUUUUUGAUCACAACUCAUAUUCUAUAAUUACUUGUUGCAUUAGAGAAAAUCUGUUCACGUAACUGUUGUACGCUGACUAACAGUUACAUGCGUUUUGCAGUAAUGCAAUCUUGUUAAUGUUUAGCUUUAGUUCAUUUCUGAUUUAGUGCUAUUUCUGUCCAUAAUUCGUUAUGCAUGAAUUCUAUAUUCUCAAUUAUCUUGUAUAUUUUGUCAUUCGUUUUUGUCUAUAUCAGGUUAUUAUAUGAAAUGUUUCCAAAUAAAACAUAUUCAUUUCCACUAAACAUUUUUAUGUGAAUGCUUUUCCAUGUUCUGUUAUUUCAAUCUAAAAAGUGAUAAUAAAUGCGAGUCGAUCGGUAGUCAGCACAUUUUGUGAUAUGAAAACUUCAGUAAAUAUGUAUCUGCUUUUCAUAGGCACUGGUAUAUUUCGCUUAUGCUAUCCUUUGCUCCCUACCUAUUUAUGCACCUCACAUUUUAAUUAAAAGUUACAACAUGCAGUGUCAUUUUAUUUACUUGAUACGGUAGGAUUCAGUCAUUUUUGUCUUCUUUCAACUUGUGUUGUAUUCUUUUAGAAACAUAUACUUCUUCUUUCCAUAGGUCCAAACUCGUAGUGCAGAUGAACCAAUGACCACUUUUGUCUAUUGUAACAAUUGCGGCCACCGUUGGAAAGUAAGUCCCACUUAAUUGCUUUGUUAUAAUUUCACAUGUCUGGACCUUACUUUAGGGGGCUUAUUUAUAUUAAUCGCAAUAAAUCUCCCUAGUUAUCUCGUGCGCUCUCAGUGAAUACUCUUUUACUUGAAGCAACUCUAAUAUACUUUUGUUGCUUAGUAAAAGCUUUUCCAAAUGAAGAUAUACUAAAUGAAAUCUUGAAUUGUAACAAGUCUCGAACUAUACAUUUUCACAACUGGGGUGUUGUUAUAACGUUCUCUAUCAUACUUAUUUUAAAGCUGUUGAGCUUAAACCCUAACUAGUGAUGUUAUUGGAUUGUGGCGCUGCUACAUGGCCAGGAAUAGUCCUGCACUGUUGAUUGUAAAGUGAAUUAACAAAUUGACCUAAUUUUCUAUAGUGGUUACGGUCUAUUUCACACUUACCAGCUCAUUAGCAUGUAGGUAGCUUGUUGGAGAUUCAAUCGAUUACUGUUGACAUUGAUUCCAAAUCUUUUCGCAAAGCCAUGCCAAAAUAGAAUUUCCGUAAUAAGCUUAAAAUCUAUGGUUAAACUACUUCUAUGUUUUUAAAUGCCAUUCGCUAAAAAAGCAUUUUUGGCGGGUUCUUCCAGAGUCCCAACUUGUGCUUAUUUCUUAUUCUUAUCAAUUUUGAACGUUGAAUGUAUCAGAUGUAAACAAAUAGUUUCUCAUUGGAGACAAUUCAAUAUAGUUGACAGGAACUAGUUUCGUGAUGUAAUGAAGUUGGAAGUAAAAGUGGAUGACAAUGUGAAUAUCAUAUAAUACCACAAAAACUAAAGCAAUUGAAUAACUUAUUUUUUGCAUAGUAAGAUUGAGUUGUAUUAACUCCUCAGUCUGUUUUUGUAUAUUAUGUCGUGAUUUAAAAAAAAUAGCUAUGUUACUGUUCAGGUUCCUGGAUCCAAACAGUUGUUUUUCCGAGGGAGCUGACUAUCUUCAAGCUUGUUGUGUAAAAGCUCAAUCCAUAAAGCAAUUAAACAACGUUGGGGAAUGCAUUUCCAUAGUAUCCGAUGACUAGGUGAACGUAGAUUAUUACUCUAUUUCCAAUCAAAAGUCAAAAUGAUGCUUAUAUGUUCACGAGUAAUAAGGAGUUUAACGCAAAACAGAAAUCUGUUGUCAUUAAGUUGGUGUUCAUUAGCAUGCGCACUCAUGAGCUGAUUUAUUUACAACCCAACAUUAAUUGAUCAUCUAAUCAUUUUUUCAACUGUCCAAACAUCGUUUUAUCUACUGUUAAUCAACUUUUGAAGAGUGGCUGCGAUAAAAUCUGAUAAGCUUUCAGUUUACAUUAAAUAUUACAUUCACAUCUGACAAUUUUACUCCCAUUUGUUGAAGGAUUAGUAUUUUAAUUAAAAAAUCCCUCUUACGAGUUUCUGGUUGGUAAUCAAUUUCAUGUUAUUGAAUCAUUAAAGUUAGUGGAAGCAUAACUAUUAAAUCUACAAUAUUGUUAUUCAUUUACAGAAACAACUAUUUUUAUCAGUUUCCAUUAAGGAAAUAGUAGUAAACGGACAUUAGUAGGAUUCAGAUUACAUAAUGGUAAUUGAGCCUGUCAUAAUGGCGGAAUUGGAAACAUUUUUCAAUCAUUCUGGUAACUAAUAAUUAAUUGGUGGGAUACGAACAACUUACUAAAUAAAUCUGAUAAAUUUACUGCAGUAACGCAGAAUUCGUCACGUCUAUCAAGGAUUCUUUAUGAAUAAUCUUUAUCUGGAUAGAAAGUUUAUGUUUAUUCCUUAAGUGCGCAUUAGUUUGACCUUGACACGAUUCAUCAAUCAAUGGAAUAGUAGUGGAAUGACCAAUCAUACAGUUAGUAAACGAUGUUGUUAUGGUUACAAUAGGAGUAUAUAAAAUGUAUUCCUCAAAGAGAUUUUCAAAAAUCAUAUUAAAAUUUACGCGUGACUGUAUCCUUCUCAUAUAAUAAAUAUUAAGUGAUUAAAUCAGGAAUAAGUAACAUUAUUUGAAAGCUUUCUAAUCUGUGAAGAAAAUACACAUAUAAUAAAAACCAUCAGAUUCAAAAAUGAUUUCAACACCAUCGUCUGCAAUUAAUCCAAAUCAUGAGGACAAGUUGAAAUUAUUAAAUGCUUGCCGUCAAGGUGAUUUAGACUAUUUAGGUAAAUUUAUUGUUGAUGGAGGAAAUCUCCGAAAUGUAAUCGAUAGUCAAACUGGACAAACUACAUUACACUAUUGUGUUAAAUUUGGAGAAGAGAAAAUUGCUAAUGAAAAAGAUGAUAAAAAGCCGAAUGGAAAUGACAUUCAGAUAUUUCAACGACAAUUGAAUAGAUUAAAAUGUACACGAGUCAUAAUUAAAUCAAAUCCGGAAUUUUUAACUUACUACGAUCAUAAUGGAUUUACUCCGAUACAUUUAGCAGUUAUUCAUGGUGAUAUAGAUUUUUUAAAAGUAUUAAAUGAAUUUAAUAAUGUAGAUAUGAAAAUUAAGACAAAAGCAAGAUCAAUAAUGUCAUCUUCAUCAUCAACAAGUCAUAGUGAUUCAAGUGAAAUAAAUAAUACUGGUCGGACAAUUAUACAUCUAUGUGUUAUUUACUCACAAUUAGAUGUUUUAAAUUAUCUUUUAACUAACAGUAAUAAUCAUAAUUCUAUAAAAGAAAUUGUAAAUGAAUAUGAUGAUCAAGGUGCCACAGCUUUACAUUAUUCUGUUCAAGUGAAUGCUGAACAAAUCGAUGAACUGUUUGAAUUAUUAAUCAAUAUCGGUGGAGCAAAUUUAAAUGCACCGGAUACACAUGGUCGUACACCAAUUAUAUGGGCAGCUACAGUUGGUUCUGCGCAUGCUGUAGAAGUAUUACUUAAAUUAGGUGCUAAUUUAAGUCAUAAAGAUUCACAUGGUUUGACUGCAUUACACUGUGCUGCAUCUAGAGGUAAUUUACAAACAGUUCAAACUAUCUUGAAUUGGAUAACAAUUGCAAACAAAGAUGGUGAGAGUAAAAUUGCCCUGCUUCGUGAUGUAAAUGAUAAUGAUGGAUGUAGUCCAUUGUUUUAUUCUGUUGCAACUGGUCAUAUUCAUGUGACUGAAUGCUUUAUUAAAGCUGGAGCCGAUGUUAUGCAUACAGAUUUUAAAGGUCGUACUGUGUGUCAUUGUUUAGCUAGAUUAAAUUCAUUGUCCAAUGGGAUUAAAUUUGACAGUCUUAUCAAAACUCAAUUGACCUGUUUAGUUGAGGCUGGUUUAAAUCCAUGGCUUGCAAAUAAAACUGGUUUAACAGCUUUACAUGAAGCAUGUUUACUAAGAAAUGUAUCUUUUAUUAAACAGUUAGCUAAUUUACCAGGUUUUAAUACGGUUGUAAAUGCAACGGAAUCUCAAGGUCAUACCCCAUUGCACUUAGUUGUAGCAGCUUCAUGGAGUACUGAACCAUCUGGUAUUAGAUUGUGUCAUUAUCUGUUAGAACAUGAAGCCGAUGUGAAUGCUGUCACUCGUCUACCGAAUGAUGAAUAUGUUACCCCAUUAAAUCUUGCUUACUUAAAUGAAACUAAUGAUGAAACAUCGAAAAAUUUACUCAUUAAUCUAAUAAAACAAUAUGGUGGUCGGACAUAUCAGGAACUAUCAAAUGAAGGAGAAGUUAGCAUUGAUAAGUUUCAAAGUAGCGGUAAUGAUAGUACCAAAAUCGAUAUUCGCACUAAUGGUAACCAUAAUGAUGUUAAUCAAGAGAAAAUGUCAGCAUCUGGUGUUUUCAAUCCAGAAAAUGAAUUAAAGCCAAUAGGUAAAACAGACAUUUCAAGUUCCAUGGUUGUUGAAACAAUAGUGGGAGAAAAACCACAGAUGAUUGAUUCAUCCACUGAACCAAUAAGCGAAUUUAUUGUGUCCCUAACAUUGAAGGAUUCAAGUGUACAAACAUGUCUGGAUAGGAGAAGGCGAAAAAAGCUGUCAACACAAUCUUUACCCUUAUUGUCUUCUGAAGAACCAAUGCAUGAAACUAUUAGCACAGCACAUAAUCGACAUGUAACGGAUAAAUCCUUGAAUGAAUCACUUAGCGUCACCUCAACUGAAAGCUCUUCAUCCAUUACUUUAAAGAAUGGAAGUGGAAGAAACAGCUCAAGUAAUCAUGAUAAUGGACAAAAUACAAAUACUUCAAUACAGCUCAUAGUCCGAGUACCAACUCCAUCAGAUUUAAAAUUACGAAAUAAUAAGUCUAGUGAAAGUAGGACUAUGGGAACUGAAAAGAAAAAUGUUCCAAUCACUUUGAUCUCAACAGUUAAAAAUAAUAUUAAUGUACAAAAUGACAAUUGCCAUCACUUUACGUCAUCUGGGGUAGAUGAUAAAACUCCGAAAAAUUCUAAACAUUUACCAUAUUCACAAAUCUACUUAGAAAAAGAACUACCUUUAGCAUUGAAACGAUAUUUGGAAAAAGAGAAUUUUAAUUAUUCACCUUUAACAGGACGUUCUCGUUUGCCCAAACCAAGUAUAUCACCCUAUCUACAACCAGUUGUACCCGGUCUACCUUUAUAUGAAGAAAAUGUUGCAAUGUCUAGAAAGAACAAUCACAAUAAACGUAUUUCCAGAAAACAGGCUCAGUCAGCUGGUGUAUAUAACAAUAAUCUAUCUUAUUCAAAUAAUCAACAGAACAAAUCGAUCUCUAAAAUGAAUACUAAGAUAAUUCAUCGCAAGCGGUUUAGUUCGUCGGCAUCCGCAUCAAAUUCUUCUACUAUGGAUGUUUCUAUUCCUGGAAGUUAUCAUACAAAUAAAAUAAUACAAAAAAAUAUAAAAUAUCCACAAGCGCGUUCACAAUCAUCAAGAAAUUUACAUGUACCCUCAAACGACAAUCAUGAAGUACAACAAAGUGUAGCAGAUUAUGAGUUUUAUCGGUUCCUUAACCAGUUAUUAAAACAAAAUUGUCCAAUAACACAAAGAAAAAAGAAAAGAGCCACAACACCAACAACAAAAACAAUGAGUUCUAAGAAUAAACAAUCAAUUGAUGCAUAUGAUGAUCGACAUUCCGCUAUGGGAGGUGAACUAACACCUAUUAAUAAUCAUAGAAGUGAACCAAAUGUAGACACUGAAACACAAGCUUUUAAUAGCAAGAAAUCAACCAGUAAACAGUUAAACAUAUAAUGAAACACAGUAGACAGUAUGAUAAAAAUUAACACCGACAGUUAACCUUGACAACAUAAAAUUCCGUCAUUUAAUCAAUAAAGAAUAGAACAUUAAGUUCGUUACGGAAAAACAAUAUGUUUCAUAACUCAGAUAUUACAUUGCACUCGAACAGAUGGAUAGAUGAAUAGAUAUUGUGUUACACGAAUGUUAUCAUUAUAUAUCUAUGUAAAACUACCUUUCUUAAUUUCAGCAAUUCACUCUUGAAUAAUGAAAUUCCUUGUACCUUUUUUGUUGUUGUUUGGAACUAACUCAUAUGAAUGACGUAAAACAUUUCGAAAUAUUUAUAUCGAUUACUUUUUUUACUUUUCUAAGUGUUUACAUUUGGAAGUUGUAUACAAAAUUCAAUUUUAAUUGGACCAUUAUUACUAUUAUCAUUAUUUAUUGAGAAACUUGGAUUGGUAUGUUAUUUUACUUAUGUUAUACUAUUGAAUGUUUAUCAUUUGAAUUUAUUACGUCUAUUAAGAAGUUAUUGUUUGUAUUAUGGUUCGAGUGAUAGUUUUUCCCUGCAUAGAACUCGAUAAUUUUUUUUUCUUCAUGUUUAUAAUCUUAUGAAUUAGUAGUUGCGUAGUUCAGUAGUAAUUGCAACUUAGUUAAGAAGAGUAAUAUUUUAUGAAUGAAUUUUUCUUUUAAAGAAAAAGUAGUUUGUUAAA